CCCCGCCCGGGCUGCCAGACCGGAACCGCCGAUCUCUACCCAGAUUCUCUUCGUUGGGGUUGAGACCCGGGCGCCUCCAAGAUGCCGGCUUACCACUCUUCCCUCAUGGACCCUGACACCAAACUCAUUGGAAACAUGGCACUAUUGCCUAUCAGAAGUCAGUUCAAAGGACCUGCCCCUAGAGAAACAAAAGAUACCGAUAUUGUGGAUGAAGCUAUCUAUUACUUUAAGGCCAAUGUCUUCUUCAAAAACUAUGAAAUUAAGAAUGAAGCCGAUAGGACCUUGAUAUAUAUAACUCUCUACAUUUCUGAGUGUCUAAAGAAACUCCAAAAGUGCAAUUCUAAAAGCCAAGGCGAGAAAGAAAUGUAUACACUGGGAAUCACUAAUUUUCCCAUUCCUGGAGAGCCUGGUUUUCCACUGAAUGCCAUUUACGCCAAACCUGCGAACAAACAGGAAGAUGAGGUGAUGAGGGCCUACUUACAACAGCUGAGGCAAGAGACUGGACUGAGACUUUGUGAGAAAGUUUUUGACCCCCAGAAUGAUAAACCCAGCAAGUGGUGGACUUGCUUUGUGAAGAGACAGUUCAUGAACAAGAGUCUUUCAGGACCUGGACAAUAAAGCCAGCCUCAGGUGGACCCUGGCUCCACAGCUGUGGGCAGCAUUCACAGCAAGAUGUACACAGUUCUUUGCCUUUAUUUCAUAAAGUUUUAUACAGAGGAGAGAAGAGCAUGUGUCUUUACUUGAA